GGCGGCGUGCUCGGCCGCUGAUGGCUGCCGGUGCGCGCAGCGUGCUGCUUCUCUGCUGCUGAGACGCCCGCAGCUGUUUCUUGGGUGGGUCUCGGCCCCGGCGAGCCGUCUCCGGUGCCGCUGUCCCGGGCCGCCCGCACUGCGUAGGUCCGUGGCUCCGACCCGCCGCUGCGGCCUGCAUCUCCUUGUCUCAGCUCUGCGGCCCCGUUUCCUCUGGAUGAACUUGCGUCCUUUCUCUAAUUCGCCAUGGAAUUCUGCUCCGUGCUUUUAGCCCUUCAGAACCAAAGAAACUCCAAACAACAGACGCCCAUGCCCAGAGUAUAGCAGUAACUCCCAAGCUCGGUUCCGUGCCGUAGUUUACAGUAUUUGAUUUUAUGUAAUAUAUACUAUUUAUUACAGCGUUUUGAUACCUCAUAUUCUGUUUACACAUCUUGAAAGUCGCGUAGUACUUCUUUUAUUUAAAGAACCACUACUGUAGAAAAUGACAUCUACCGAAGCACCUACCCUAGCUACUACUCAUUUGGUGGGUUACCUAUGGUUGCUCAUCUUGGGCUUCAUCAUUGCAUUUGUCUUGGCAUUCUCCGUGGGAGCCAAUGAUGUAGCAAAUUCGUUCGGUACAGCCGUGGGCUCAGGUGUAGUGACCCUGAAGCAAGCCUGCAUCUUAGCCAGCAUCUUUGAAACUAUGGGCUCAGUUUUGUUGGGGGCCAAAGUGAGUGAAACCAUCCGGAAGGGCUUGAUUGAUGUGGAGAUGUACCGCUCAAACCAAACGAUGCUGAUGGCUGGUUCGGUCAGUGCUAUGUUUGGUUCUGCUGUGUGGCAACUAGUGGCUUCGUUUUUGAAGCUCCCAAUUUCUGGGACCCAUUGUAUUGUCGGCGCAACCAUUGGUUUUUCCCUUGUGGCAGAGGGGCAAGAAGGUGUCAGGUGGUCUGAACUGAUAAGAAUUGUGAUGUCUUGGUUCGUCUCUCCACUGCUUUCUGGUAUUAUGUCUGGAAUUUUAUUCUUCCUUGUUCGUGCAUUCAUCCUCCGUAAGGCAGAUCCAGUUCCUAAUGGUUUGCGUGCUUUGCCAGUUUUUUAUGCUUGCACAAUUGGAAUAAACCUCUUUUCCAUCAUGUAUACUGGAGCACCGUUGCUGGGCUUUGACAAACUUCCUCUGUGGGGUACCAUCCUCAUCUCGGUGGGAUGUGCAGCUCUCUGUGCCCUUUUCGUCUGGUUCUUUGUAUGUCCCAGGAUGAAGAGAAAAAUUGAACGAGAAAUAAAGUCUAGUCCUUCUGAAAGCCCCUUAAUGGAAAAAAAGAACAGCUUGAAAGAGGACCCUGAAGAAACUAAGUUGUCCCUUGGUGAUAGUGAGAACAGGAAUCCUGUUUCUGAGGUAGGAUCUGCUACUGGGCCACUCCAGGCUGUGGUGGAGGAGAGAAUGGUGUCAUUCAAACUUGGUGACCUGGAGGAAGCUCCAGAGCGAGAGCGGCUUCCCAGUGUGGAUCUGAAAGAGGAGACCAGCAUUGACAGUGCCUUCAAUGGUGCAGUGCAGUUGCCUAAUGGGAGCCUUGUUCAGUUCAAUCAGACGGUCAGCAACCAGAUAAACUCCAGUGGCCAUUACCAGUACCACACUGUGCAUAAGGACUCAGGCUUGUACAAAGAACUGCUCCAUAAGUUACACCUGGCCAAGGUGGGGGACUGCAUGGGGGACUCUGGGGAUAAGCCUUUGCGUCGCAACAAUAGCUACACCUCCUACACCAUGGCAAUUUGUGGUAUGCCCCUGGAUUCAUUCCGUGCCAAAGAAGGUGAACAGAAGGGAGAAGAGAUGGAGAAGCUGACGUGGCCUAAUACAGAUACCAAGAAGCGCAUUCGAAUGGACAGUUACACUAGUUACUGCAAUGCUGUGUCUGACCUUCACUCAGCAAGUGAGAUGGACAUGCCCAUCAAGGCUGAAAUGGGUCUGAGCGACAGAAAAGGAAGUAGGGGCUCUCUCGAAGAGUGGUAUGACCAGGAUAAGCCAGAAGUAUCUCUUCUCUUCCAGUUCCUGCAGAUCCUUACAGCCUGUUUUGGGUCAUUUGCCCAUGGUGGCAAUGACGUCAGUAAUGCUGUUGGUCCUCUGGUUGCUUUGUACCUGGUUUAUAAAACAGGAGAUGUUUCUUCAAAAAUGGCAACACCAAUAUGGCUUCUUCUUUAUGGUGGUCUUGGCAUCUGUAUUGGGCUGUGGGUCUGGGGAAGGAGAGUUAUCCAGACCAUGGGGAAAGACCUGACACCCAUCACACCCUCUAGUGGCUUCAGUAUUGAACUGGCAUCUGCCCUCACUGUAGUAAUCGCAUCAAACAUUGGCCUUCCCAUUAGUACAACACAUUGUAAAGUGGGCUCUGUCGUGUCUGUUGGCUGGCUCCGUUCCAAAAAGGCUGUUGACUGGCGACUCUUCCGCAACAUUUUUAUGGCCUGGUUUGUCACAGUCCCUAUUUCUGGUCUGAUCAGUGCCGCUAUCAUGGCAAUUUUCAAAUAUGUCAUCCUGAAAGAGAAGCCAGAAUUAAAAUAAAUAUCAGUGUCUAGGACCACCGUAUGUAUUCCUGCUCCCUGGAAGAUUUAGUGUUACAGAAGACGGACGAGAAUUCCUGACAUUUGGGAGCUAUGGGAAGGAAGUGUUACUUAUGCUGUAAUUGCUUUUGUGCUAAAUCCAGUUUGUCUCAAAAUUAGCUGUGUAAAAUUAACCAGGUUUCCACUGGUUCCUUCUAAGAUUCCCUUUUCUUCUGGGCUGUGAACUCCUGUACAUAUUUCUCUAUGUUUUGUAUCAGGCUUCAAUUCCAUUAUGUUUUAAUAUUGUCUCUAAAGAUAAAUUUUGGUCUGUGGGUUUUGUUUUAAAACAGCUAGGUAGGGCCAUUUGAUGGCAUCCACUCUGCUUUGUUGGUUUCACCAGCUUCCACCCCAACAUGCACAGUAAUUUAACAACAAAAUGUAACUGAAGCUUCCCUCGUAGUCUCUUGUAGAAAUAGUCAUUGGCACUAUGCCUUCCUGUCACUUGUGGCAGGUUGUAUUGGCAAAUGUGGGAACUUCUAAGAUGGAUGAAAUUAUUUGACACAUUGGAAAUUUAAGUUAGUAGUAACUUCUUUGCAAGUAAUCAAUUGACAUUUUGCUAAGAAGUAGGAAGUAAAAGUCUUCCUGGCAAUUGUGGUUAUUUCUUUGAGAUUUCUGGCAGUGUGGGAUGGGUGAAUAAAGUGGAAUAUGAACUUUGGGUAAAUUAAAUGGGACAGCCUUCCAUGUUCAUCUGUCUACCUCUUAACUGAAUAAAAAGCCUACAGUUUUUAGA